GUUUGAGCUUCUGCCUGAGUCUGUCAUUCGAAUUGUAGAAGAAAGUUUAGAUAUAUUACAAAGAAGGUGUAUUUUCUCUGUUCCAGCUGGUCAUUCUCAUGUGUUAACUUGAUUUGAGAGACUAAAUGAGUUCACCAAAUGGCAAAGAUGGGACUGAUAUGGGUACAGAAGUCCUGAAUAUUACCCAGGGGGAGGAGGCGCUGGACUCCUUGCUUGAAGAUGACGGGAAGGGAAGCACCAAGUUGGAUAACACAUCGCAAAAUUCUCUGAAUAGUGAGGUUAUGGAUAAUACCUCUGACCUCUCGGCGGAUUCAUUGGUACAGUCAACAGACUCUGCAAUAGCUGUCUCUCCUGAUCUGGAACCAGACCAGGAGACUCAAGACUUUGGUAAAAAGGAGACAGUUGUGAACAACAAUGGGCCAACAGGAGGUUCAGAGGUUGAGCAGCAGAAGGAAGAGAAGGAGGAGGAGCGAGAGGAGCAGGAAGAAGGAAGUAAAGCUGAAGUAGAGGACAGAAGUAAAGUACAGGAGACUGUCAUACAAGACAAGCAGGAAGUAAAGCAAGAUGAGCAGAUCCCACUGAAAGAAAACAGCUCUGAGGAGGAUGGCUAUGAAGAAGAGGAAGAAGAUGAGGAGGACGUUAGUGAAAGUGAAAUGGUUGUUUCCGCAUCAAUCCAGUUUCCUCUUGCUAAAAAGGCUGACAAGGAGCCAAGCGGUGAGGAUGGCAGUGAAGGCAAGGAGGAGACAAAGGAACCUCAGGCCAAUGCAUCGCCAGAAGUAAACGAAGGAGUCACAGUCCAAGUCCAGCAUCAGGUGACACAACAGCCUCCCCCCAAAGAAGGCAGCCCUUCAGGUUGUGAAAGUGAUGUGGAAGAUAACAUAGAGGAGGACUCCAAGAGUAUAUCAGAGUCAUCUCUUCCUGUGCCUCUGGCUUCACCUCCAAGUCGCAUUCCCACUUCUGUGCAGUUACCAGAAACUGUUUCGCGGCUGGACACCCCAUUCGGUAGUUCUGUCUUCCUGGUGGGGACGGCACAUUUCUCACGGGAGAGCCAAGAGGACGUUGCUACUACAAUCAGAACAGUCAAACCUGACAUAGUUGUUGUGGAAUUGUGUAAAGCACGUACUGCCAUCCUUCAGCUGGAUGAGGAAACAAUCCUUCAGGAGUCAAGAAGCCUUGACUUCAAAAAAGUACAAAUGAUUAUGAAGCAGCAUGGAAAGAUCCAAGGCAUUUUGUAUUUGCUUCUUCUCUCUUUGUCUGCACACAUCACCAAACAGCUGGGAAUGGCACCGGGAGGAGAGUUCCGCACAGCUUUUUCUGAGGCACGCAGAUCAGCUCCUGGUUGCCUUAUACAGUUGGGUGACAGGCCAAUCCAGGUUACAUUAUCUCGUGCCUUAGCAUCACUCUCUCUCUGGCAUAAAGUGAAGCUUACCUGGCAUAUCCUUACAUCAAAAGAACCAAUUAGCAAGGAGGAAGUGGAAAAGUGCAAGCAGAGAGAUUUUAUAGAAGAAAUGCUUGCAGAGAUGACAGGGCAAUUUCCGGCAAUUAGUGAAGUGUUUGUUAAGGAAAGAGAUAUAUACCUGUGUCGGUCCCUCCAAGCUGCUGCUCAACCUGUUCCGAACCCCAUGUCACCCACUGGUAUGUCACCACGCGUUGUUGUUGGCGUGGUUGGUAUUGGUCAUGUGCCCGGAAUCGUGGAACAUUGGGGCAAGAUUACUGAUGAAGACAUUCCUCCUAUCAUGAGGAUACCACCCCCCAGUUUAUCAAGCCAAAUUCUUAAGGUCACUGCCAAGGUGACCGUGUAUGGUCUCAUUGGGUAUGGUGUAUAUAAGUGUUUGCCAAGUGCAGCAAAGUCCAUGAUCCACUCUUCUGUCCAGUCUACGGUGUUGACGCUGAAAUCCCUACCAGAACAAUGGACAAAGUAAAUGAAUUGAAUGAAACUCGCUGCAUGGGAAGAAGAGAAGAAAAUAUUAUAGAAGGAACGGAGAAAUUUAGAGAGAGCCCUACACUUGCAGAAACAUCAACACUGCCAUUAAACACUGAUUCCAGAUGUAGAAAA